AUGUUCUCGUCCCCCCUCCACCAAGCCUCCCGCCCAAGAUUUCUCUCAUCGCUGAUCACCACUCACAUCCGCACCAAGAUGCUCAAAUCCAAAAUGGCCACCAUCCUCAACAAUAAUACUGGACGACAAUUUCUGAAAGCACCACGUAUUCACUGGAUUCUGGACUGGGACUCGACAAUCACAACACACGACACAUUAUCCACACUCGUCAACAUCGCCGCUACAUCCUCCUCCCCCUCCUCUUCCUCGUCAUCACCACCACCACCACACCAGCCAACCACAAUUCCAAAACAACAGCGCAUCGAAACCCAAUGGCAAAACCUCUCAAAAGCCUACAUGCAAGACCUGAAAAGCAGCACCACGGACCAACAUACCGAGAACAAAAACGACGACGACGACGACAAGGGAACCACGCCCUUGGAAAAGGAAAUCCAAACCCUCAUCCACCAAGAAUCCAUCGAAGCAAGAUCGCUGCAGCGCGUCAUCUCCUCGCGCAUCUUCGCGGGGCUGACGGACCGCGAUAUCUGCCACGGCGCCGCGAGAGCCGUCAGGGACGGCCGCGUCGAGAUCAGGAAAGGGUUUUGGGAGUUUUAUUCGAGAUUUUCGCAUUCUGGCUCGGGCGUGGAAGGGGGAAGGGAGGAAAAGAAGGCGAAGGAGGGAGAGGGGGGAGAUGGUGCGGAGGUGACGGUGUUGAGCGUGAAUUGGAGUCGCACGUUUAUUCUGGCGUGUCUACGGGCGUAUCUUGCUUCUCCCUUCGCUGCUGCUUCGAGGUCUGCUGGGCCGGAGUCGGUACGGAGUGAGCAUGGGGGCAGUGGUGAGGGAGGAGGGUUUGAUGUCAGUGUCGAUAUCGAUGUCGUAUCCAACGAACUCUCCAACCUCCAACCCCAACCCCAGAACUCCAGCCUACCAACUCAUGAAGGUAGUAAGACUAGUGGUACAUCAACAGGAUCCAUCCACUCCACCUUCGCCACCACCACCAACCCUUCUCCGUCGCUUAUCCUGAGUUCACGACAUAAACUCGCAAUCCUUAAUUCCCUUGCUCCCCCAAAAGACAAACAACAAGGUUUGAGAAUCUACAUUGGCGAUAGUCCGACGGAUUUCGAGUGCUUGUUAGCUGCGGAUAUAGGGAUCUGCAUGCGGGCUUUGCGAACUUCCCGUUCAAACUCAGAUAAGAGUGCCGAGGAAGACGAAGAUGAGAAUGAUGGUGGAGAGUUAAGUCGGAUGAUGGAUAGAGUAGGGGUGAAGUGUGUGCGGUUGAGGGAUUUUGACGCCAGAGGUUUGGAGAGAGAGAUGGAGGGAGAUCAGGGGAGCGAGAAGGUCGUUGCGUGGGUGAGGGAUUUUGAGGAAGUUUGUGAGUGGGUUGAUCGGAUGGGUUGGGGAAGGGAAGGAACUGAGGGAGGGUUGUCUGGGUCAGGCCGAUGA